UGUUACUUAAAGUAAAAUAAUAUCUGUCUUCAUUAAAACAAAGUGUAUUUCAUUCCUUAUUAUUACAUUGGCGAUCACAGAAGUGGACGGAGAUCUGACAAAUCGGGAGAUUCUAUGUUGGAAAUAUUUUCAAGAGGUGCUCUACAGUACGGACAGUAGCCUUUCAACAAAACUUGCAGUUCAAAAUCUUCUGCGUGAAAUGCCUGAAGAAAUAUUGAUAUGUUAUGUGGUUGGGGGCGUCCGUUAAUUACAGGUGUCAUAAUUUGUAACCCCCCUCCUUCUUGGCGAAGUUCAUGGAAACUUUUCUGGAUCUCUCCUCCCCCCUUUUAAUCUCAUGUAAGAAGUAGUCGUCUCCUUUUAAUAAAAUAUUAUGUGUUUAUUUAUUUUAGAUAAUGUUACAAAUGAUGGAAGCGUAAUUAUGAGAUGUUUUUGUUUUUUAAAUUUAGACCCUUUAGGGUAUCUUACUAAAAAUAAUAAAUUGUCAUUGAUGAAAUAGUUCUAGUUGUGCCACUGAAAAUCUAUUGUCAUAUCUAUUAUCUAUGGUUUUAGGGGUUUGUUUACGGUUGUAGAAUAAAAACUUGAGGAACUGCAAUAAUUAUAAGUGAAAAUUGAAAUAAAAACAAAUUAUUCUUCCCAAAUGGAUUCAAAUGAUUGCUCAGGUCAAGAAUUACAAGAAAUAAAAAUCGAAGAUGGUAUAGAAUUAGUACAGGUGAAAGAGGAAUUAACUUCCACUGACAAUGAAGAAUAUGAGACAAGUAAUUAUUUGGAAGAACCUGAAAAACAAAUAAAAGAGGAAUUUGAACAUUUACCAAUUAAAGAAUCAGGCGAAUGUGUAGCUAAUAGUACAAAUUCAAAGAAAAAAAAAAGUAAAGCUAAAUUACAUUUUGUAUGUGAUAUUUGUGGUAAAAAAUUUACCAGAAGACCUAAUUUGUUGAUCCACAAAAGAAUUCACACAGGAGAAAAGCCAUAUGCAUGUAGUGUUUGUCAAAAAAUGUUUGCAAGAAAAGAACAUUUAGAGCAUCAUAAGAGGGUUCAUACUGGAGAAAAACCUUAUCCAUGUAAGACUUGUGGGAAGUUAUUUAAAAGAAAGUACCAUUUGGAUACUCAUUUUAGAAUUCACACUGGAGAAAGGCCUUAUGUAUGCACUAUUUGUACUAGGGGCUUUACCCAGAAGCAAGGUUUAACUCACCAUUUAUUAAUUCACACUGGUGAAAAGAACUUUUCCUGUGAAAUUUGCAAAAAGGACUUCACCUUAAGAAAUCACUUGACGUUGCAUCUUCAAACUCAUUCUAAAGAAAAACCAUUUUCUUGUAACAUAUGUGGUAAGGGAUUUAUUAGGAGAGAAAGACUGAAGGAACAUCUAUUAGGUCAUGGUGAUGAUAAGCCAUUUUCUUGUGACAUAUGCGAAAAAAAGUUCUUAAAGAAAGAAUAUUUACAACUGCAUCUUAGACUUCAUGGUGAAAAAAAACCAUUUGUUUGUAAUGUUUGCCAAAAAGCAUUUGUUAGAAGAAGUAUAUUGAAUAAUCACCUUCGUAUCCAUUUGAUUGAUAAGAAAUUUGUAUGUGAGAUUUGCCAAAAAGAAUUUAUUCACAAACAGAAUUUAGAUUCCCAUAUGCACCUUCACUCUGAAAAAAGGCCAUUUUCAUGUGAAGUGUGUGGAAAGGGCUUUACUCGAAAGCAUAAUUUCGCUGCCCACUUACUCAUUCACACAGGGGAAAGACCCCACACUUGUCCAGUUUGUCGAAAGCAAUUUACAAGGAGUCACAUUUUAAAUUUCCAUUUAAGAAAACAUACAGGAGAAAGACCUUUUGUUUGUGACAUUUGUAAAAAAUCUUUUGCCCUAAAACAAACAUUAACAAGUCAUUAUAGGACACAUUCUGGAGAUAAACCUUUUUCUUGUCAUGUAUGCAAGAAAGGAUACAGCAAAAAAGAUUAUUUAGAAAAUCAUGUAAAAAAAGUUCAUAAAGAAGAGACUGAUAAUAUUGUCAUAAAAACAGAAUGUAACACAGAUUAAAUAGUUCUUAAG